AUGGGGAGUAAAUGCUGCAAAAGUGACACCUAUCGAACAGAAAUGGUUAGUGAGAUAAGAAAUUUCAAUUUCAAUGAUCCAAAAUAAGAAUUUUCACUUGAAUAGCGAAUUAUCAGAGAACUUAUGCUGGACACAAAAACAGUUUACUAAUUGUAGAUCUGCUUAAAAAAAUUUUUGCUUGAGAAUGCCUUCUUAAUUAAGGAGGAGAAGAUUGAGGCAUAAGACAAGGGAAUAGUCUCAAGAAUUUCAGCACCUCCUUUAUUGGAUUAGGUUUGGCAAUUGGCAAUUUUAUAUUCAUAAAAUUACAUUACAAUUUGUAAAAAGCUUGUAGGAUGUAUAAUUGAUAGAGAAUAUAAUUAAUAAAAUAUGCAUUAGAAAAUUCUGAAAAGGAUGUUGCCUGAUUAUGAUGAUAAAAUGUAUUAAAUUGAAUUGGAGUUUAUCAUUUGGAUAAAUUCUUACGAAUUGGAACAAGUGAUGAUUGAUAUUCACAAUUGCAUAGUGAAUGAAGAAACCUUGUCUUUCGAAAUGAUCUUGAUUUUAAUGAUGCAGAUCAAACUGAAUUUAUGUAAGAAUGAGACAAAGAAAUUUCAAAUGAAACAGAUUAGCGAUAAGAAUAUCGAAGUUGUAUUUAAGAAAAUAUAGUAAUUGAUGCCUCGGGAUUUAGAAUUUACCAUAAUGCAUAAAUAUUGCUUAAGUCAGUAAUUAGCCAAACAAUACAUUUACGAGUAUUGCCAUUUUAUGACGAUGCUGAAAUUCUCUCAAACUGUUUUGGUUCCUAGUGAAGAGGUUGAUUAAGUUUGGCACACCCAUUAAUGUAUGACAAAAUAAUAUCGCUAGUUUUGCUAUGCAAUCUAUGACAGAUUUAUUUAUCAUAAUCCUGCUAACUUAGGAAAUCAAAUUGCAGUUUAAGAUUUCUAUUCACAAACACUUUUAUUUUACAAACGAAUUUUUAAAUAUGAACCUGAUUCCUAAAUUUGGCCUUGUAAAGAAGAAAGGUGGAAUCCCUAAAACUGUUUGGGAUCAUGGGUGAAUCUUUACAGAUUGUCAAUGAGUAUUAUCCAAUUAAUUCAAGAAAAGCUGCAACCAACCUCUAAGAAUAUUCUCUAAAAGUAUCAGACUUGGAAAGGAACAAAUGUUUUUCGAGAUCAAAUUUAAAUUUAGGUUGAAAAAUCUACGGAGAUGACUCAGAGUGCUUUAUAAUAUUACAAUUACGAAGUUGGUUGCUACAGUUUAUCCGAGUUGGAAGAAGAUAGGUUUUCAUCGAAUUAGAGGAGAAACGAGUUGUUUUUUGACGAUGAUGUCAUCAUAAACUCUAUUUAGUGA